AUGGCACCAUAUGAAGCGUUAUAUGGUAAGAAGUGUCGCACACCUUUAUAUUGGGAUGAAGUUGGAGAACGACGUAUGCUAGGCCCUGAGCUUAUACAAGCUACUUGUGAGAAGGUAGAUAUGAUUAGGGAGAAGAUCAAAAUAGCACAGAGCAGGCAACAGAGCCACACAGAUGUAAGAAGAAAAGAUCUGGAGUUCCAAACAGGAGAAAAGGUGUUCCUCUGUGUUUCUCUGACAAAAGGAAUUAUGCAAUUCAGUAAGAAAGGGAAACUGAGUCCUAGAUACAUUGGGCCUUAUGAAAUUCUCAAGAGAAUCGGAGCGGUGGCAUAUCAACUAGCUCUACCACCCUCAUUAGAAGGCGUUCAUAACGUAUUUCACAUAUCCAUGUUGAAAAAGUAUGUACCAAACCCAACACAUAUCCUAACUGCUGAGCCAAUACAACUAGAAACUGAUAUGUCAUACAAGGAACAACCCGAAGAAAUUUUGUGGCGAAAGGAGCACAAGCUUCAUAACCGUACCGUCGCUUACGUAAAAGUGCGAUGGAGAAACCACGUGCUCGAGGAAGCAUCUUGGGAACGCGAAGAGGAAAUGCGGGAAAGAUAUCCUCAUCUUUUCGGUUUACAAGGUAGAUGUGAUGGCAGCGGGGAGGAUUAUUUUGAGGCGGCGGCUGAUGGUUAUAGUGACCAUGCUGGUUUGGACUCAGAGGGGUGUGAUCCCUCUGACAUGGACGAUCACGGUGUCCCUGGAGAAUAA